AUGAAUACACAAAAAAUAAUAAAAGAUGAUGGUACCGGCACAGAGGCCCAGGAAACCUCAGGCCCGGCAGGUGUGGGUGAGCUCGCCACACAGGUCGUAAUCAGUAGCUCCGGAAAUGCGCAAUCGAACUUGGAAUCGGAAUACUUGGAAUACAAAGAUACGGACGUAUUAAGACUCAGAGGGGGUGACGGCUCCUCUGAUGAAAACGAUGAUGGCACAAACUAUAGGUCCAGUGGUGGCAUGGUCACGGAGGCUAGCACUUCCGCUAAACGAGGGCCCACGAGUCCAGUAGAGGCUAGCAAAACAAAAAAGAAGAGGACCACCGAAGUGGCGAAACUCUCAAAAGAAAUUAAUACUCACAUUGGGUGGCUGGAGCAGUUUGCCCACACCGAGAGGACCAAGAAACUGACGAUAGCUGGGCAUGAAGGAAUCAUGGAGAGAACCAGAGCCCUUAGGGACGUAUUUUCCGAUCUAUGCUUAGAGGCUAACAGACUGGGUAGCAGGUCACAACUUACCCAAGAGCAGUUAAAAGCAAUGAUGAACACUUAUAGUGAAGCACUCUUGGAAAAGACAGCGGAAAUACAAAAGCUACAGAGAGAAAAUGAAGAGCUAAGGGCUGAAAUCCAGGCUAGAGAGGAAGCGGACGAACUAGCAGAAGUUCGGCCGGCGACACAAACUGUUCGUCCUUCCACCUCAGCUCAGACAAGAGAAACUGCAAGCUACGCAGAAAUGGCGAAAUUGGACCCUAAGCCAGGUCAGCCCAGAGCAAAGGGCGCCAAGAACAGCUCUAAAAGUGCAAAAAAGAAGACCUUAAUGAGGUGUAGAGAGGUUAAGACCUCCUCAAGACUGACGUUCGAAGUGCCAGCUGGCGGCACAAUAGCAUCGGCUAAGGCCGAGCUAUGGGCUACGGUUAAGGGAAGAAUGAACAAUCCUAGGGCUAAGACUUUGGUUAAGGAUAAUCAGCUAAUAAUCAUCCCAGAUGAUGGGAAUACGUUCGAGGUGAUCAGCAAACUGCCCAACGUCAGUAUAUCAGGACCCAGACAACCGAGAGUCAUUAUAUAUGACAUCGACUCGGAGUUGACGGACGGAGAAAUUGUCGAUGGACUAAUAAAUCAGAACCCAGAACUGGGUCUCUCCCAAGAAGACAUAGAUAGAUUGUCACUGAAGCAUAGGCUGGGACCGAGAAAUAGUUCGACCACGCAUAAGGUGCUCGAAGUACAUGCAAGCACACUCCCGAAAAUAGAAGGCAAGCAGGUCUACCUGGGCCUUACCCGUUGCAGGGUAAAACUGUAUCAGAGCAUGCCACAGUGCUUUAAUUGCCAGAAGCACGGGCACACGGCCCUUAGGUGCAAGGCAGAUAAGCCCACAUGUAAGUACUGUGUGGGACCGCAUGACAGUCGCAAUUGCGAUGAUAAAUCAAAAACAAAGUGCGCCAACUGCAGGCAGGAGCAUCAAGCCUCGAGCUCGACCUGUAAGUCCAGGGAAACAGCCCUAAGGAGUCUACUUAGACGCACGGACUUUGGCCAUAAAUGA